ACAGAGUCCUUUAUCACUUCAUCGUUCGAGCUCUCGUCUCCUUCCUCCUCUCUCUCUCUCUCUCUCAUGGCGCUUUCCUCUCUCUUAAACCCUAACCUCUUCCUCGUCCCCUCCUCCCUCUCCCCUCUACACUCCCCCAGUACUCGCUCCCUCGCCAUCACAUGCGGGCCCCGCGACAACCGCGGCCCCCUCCAGCGCGGCCGCACCCUCAGCACCGAGGCCAUCCUCGCCGUCCAGGCCCUCAAGCGCGCCGCCCUCUCCGGCGACGGCGCCGUCCCCUCCCCGGCCGCCGCCGCCGCCGCCCUCGGCCGCCUCCUCAAGCCCGACCUCCUCGCCGCGCUGGCCGAGCUCCAGCGCCAGGGCCGGUGGCGCCUCGCCCUCGUCGUCUUCGCCGCCGCGCGCCGCGAGACCUGGUACACCAACCCCGACUUCUCCCUCUACGCCGAGAUGGCCUCCGCCAUGGCCCGGGGCGCCGCCGCCGCCGAGGAGAUCGACGCCCUGGUGGCGGAGCUGCUCGAGGAGAAGGAGGGGAGCGGGGGGUUCUCCCCCUCGGACGACGUGUGGAAGCUCACGCGGCUCGUUAGGGUUUUGAUCGCAGCGGGGAGAGGGGAGGCGGUGAGGGAUCUCUACAAGCGGAUGAAGAGAGGGGGUUGCGUCGGGGACGAGUACUUGUUUAGGGUUUUGAUCCGAGGGUUGAGGAGAUUGGGGGAGGGGGAAGCUGCGGGUGAGGUGGAGAGGGACUUCGACGAGUGGUACGAAGGCGGUAUUAUUACGGAGACGCUACCUGUUUGAUCAAAUGCCGCAACCAACCAUGAAUAAUUUAUGCAUGGAUUCCAAUGACUUGCUGAGAUAAUUUGGUGAGCCGUAUAAUUCACCUCCCGCGCCCGAAUCUCAAACGAGGAGUGACUUAGUCUCAUUUAUUGGGACCUAUCUAAAUUCGUCGUCCAAUACACUCUUCACAUUCCAGCAAAAAAACUGUUAGAUUGGAAUGAAACUCCAAAAUUCAAGCAUGACACGUAUUAGACGGCUCUCCAAACUAUUUAACCGAGAUAUCGUUGUAGCUCUCUUCAAUAAAGUUUUGUUCAGUUAAA